AUGGCCACCACCCGCCACGUCGUUGACCGGGAUCUCGAGGAGAGUGCUGUCCCCGUUGACAGUGAGCUGUCGUCCAUCAUGGAUGCCAACGAACGCCGCCGGGCCGCACUAGCCCGCAUCGAUAACGCCAAGUUCGGCUGGUACCAUGUACGCGCCGUCGUCGUCGCCGGCGUCGGCUUCUUCACCGACUCAUACGAUAUCUUCGCCAUCAACCUGGCUGUCUCCAUGCUGGGCGUUGUCUACUGGCAGGAUGCCAAGUCAGGUGCGGGCAAGUUACCUUCCAGCUCUGACACGGCCAUCAAGGUGGCGACUUCAGGUGGAACAGUUAUUGGCCAGCUGUUCUUUGGAUGGCUGGCAGAUCGUAUUGGACGAAAACGCAUGUACGGCAUCGAGCUCAUGAUCAUCAUCAUGGCGACCCUGGCCCAGGCCCUUUCGUCGAACUCGCCGGGAAUGUCGAUUACCGGCCUGCUUAUUUUCUGGCGUGUCAUCAUGGGCAUUGGCAUUGGAGGGGAUUACCCGCUGUCCUCAAUCAUUACCUCGGAGUUUGCCACCACCAAGUGGCGCGGUGCCAUGAUGGGAGCCGUGUUUGCCAUGCAGGGCAUCGGGCAGUUUGCUGCUGCCAUAGUCGCCCUGAUCGUCACUUCUGGCUUCAAAGAGUCUCUCGAAACUGCCAAGGAUGUGGCUCACUGCAGUGGUGUCUGCCGACUGGCAGUCGACAAGAUGUGGCGAACAGUCAUCGGCUUCGGUGCGAUCCCCGCCUGUGCUGCUCUAUACUAUCGCCUGACCAUCCCCGAGACACCUCGAUACACCUUUGAUGUGAGUCGUGACAUCCUCAAAGCUGACGAGGAUAUCCGUGCAUACAUCAAGGGCCACCCUGAGGGACAUCCCGAUGAGAUCCAGCGCAUCCGGGUUCUGCGCCAGGAUAGUCUCGAGUUCCUCACGCCCAAGGCGAGCUGGAAUGACUUUCGACACCAUUAUGGACAGUGGAAGAACUUCAAAGUUCUUCUGGGGACUGCGGGAUCCUGGUUUUUCCUUGAUGUCGCUUUCUACGGUCUCGGCUUGAACAACUCGAUUAUCCUCAAUGCGAUCGGCUGGACUGGAGGCAAGAACGUUUACGAAACCUUUUACCGCAACGCAGUCGGUAACCUAAUCCUCAUCUGCGCCGGUGCUAUUCCGGGUUACUGGGUGACCGUCGCAAUCGUGGACGUCCUCGGCCGCAAGCCAAUCCAGAUGGGCGGCUUCAUCAUUCUGACAAUCCUGUUCUUCAUAAUCGGCGGCGCGUACGACUCCCUCAAGCAGUCCCACAACGGUCUGCUUGCGCUCUAUGUUCUGGCCCAGUUCUUCUUCAACUUCGGCCCCAACGCAACUACAUUCAUUGUUCCGGGCGAGUGCUUCCCCACCCGCUACCGCUCCACGUCUCACGGCAUCAGCGCCGCCUGCGGUAAGGUCGGUGCCAUCAUCGCACAGUGUGUCUUCGGCCCGCUGGUGCACAAGGGUGCAAAGCCUGGCAGUUCCGACACUCCCUGGCUCAAUCAUGUCAUGAAGAUCUUCGGCGCCUUCAUGUUCUGCGGCAUCUUGACGACCUGGCUCAUUCCUGAGACGAAGCGUCGCACCCUUGAAGAGCUGUCUGGUGAAGAUUAUGGGCGGCCGGAGGAGUUGAAUACACCAGAUAGGGAGAAGUCGCGGGACCCCACCGUGGUUGCCACCGCUACCACCGUGCAG